GAACAAGAUGGCGACGUCCUGCGUUAAGCGCGUGUGUUUUGAAAGAAAAUAUAUUUCACGUUUAUCUAAAUUGGAAAUAUAGAGAAAAAGUCAACACACUUGUGUGGUGACAUUCAGUGGAGCAGAUGGACACCCCAAGGAAGAGUGUCAGCAAAAAGGCUGUCAAAAAGCCCAUUCGGGUCAAGACCUUGUUUACGUCCCCGUUCACGCUGAACUGGAGCCCGCUUCCUCAAAAAGACAUGAAUUUUAUCCUGACAACGUUAAAUGAAAAACUCAUUUCAAUGGGGCUUGAGAAGAAAGAGGUGAAAGUGUUUCGGCCGUGGAAGAACAAAAGAGGUCCAGUUCCCUCGUCUUUGUCGGACACGAAUAAGGUCAAGGAUUUGACCAAAGGUGGUUGGUCGGAUGUGGCCGCGAGGCGACAACUCGCCUUGGGCAUCAACGAGGUCACAAAAGGUCUGGAGAGGAACCAACUCAAGCUGGUGCUGGUUUGUAAGUCAGUCAAACCCAAGCACAUGACCAACCACCUAAUAGCGCUGAGUGCCAGCAGAGGCGUGCCCGCCUGCCAGGUGCCCCGGCUGAGCGUCACCGUAGCCGAGCCGCUGGGCCUCAAGAGCGUCCUGGCUCUUGGCUUCAGGCACAGCGGUCGCCAUGGUGGCAGCGACGACGACAACGGCGAGGCGUUCACUGACGCAGUGGAAGCCAUCAUACCGAGGGUGCCCUCGCUGGACGUUGCUUGGAUACAAGGUGCAACACCUGGUGUCGAAUUGCAACACAACGUUGGCACUAAAGAGGAGGAGGGCGGACAGGGGACGGGCAAGAAAAGAAAACUGGAGCCAGAUGAUCGAGUCCCAGAGUAUUCCGCAUCCUGCACACUGCAACCUCUCAAAGUGAAAAAAAUUGUUUCGAACCCGGCAAAGAAAAAAAGAAAGCAGAAACCAAAGCAAGCCAAGUGAAAUUAAUUUCCUUUUUCCCCCCAUUAUUUGGAACUUAAUAUUUGUGCCUUGAGGUUAAUUUACAGUCCACAAAAAUUUCGGGAUGUUGGGCUUUCAGGUUAAAUUUCCGCAUCAAUCUAAAAUACAAUAAUUUUUACAGGUGAACUUAAUUUGUGUUUCUCUACACCUGCCCAACUGGUUAAUGUUCCAGUCCUUUUUGCACGACCUGUUGUUCUCUAACAUGGACCUGAACAGCAAACUUCACAACAUGAAUGGAGCAAUACAUUUCCUGUUUCAAUUAUAAUUGGUAUAUAGUCCUCUUCAUCAUGCUGUUCACAUUCUGAGAUCAUGAGACCAUAACACCUAACAAUCGAUCAACAGUACCUCGCCAUUGAGAGGUUUCAAAUAGGAUGCUCUCAGAGGGAAGUACCGACUGAGCUAAGUGUCACAAUCAGUAGGUUGCAACAGAGAGACUGGAAGAGUCACUGAAAGGCAUACAAAUGGGCAUCCUUAAAGAAACCAAACAACAAAAAACUGAAUUUUUCCGUUUAGCUUCUUUUCAAAUUGUGCUAAAACUACUGAAACAUUGCACAGUUGGACAAGCAUUCAAAAGUUUAGAGAAGGUCAAUUUCUUUCUGACUUUGCUUGGAAAUGUUUGUUUUGCAAACAUGAUUAAAAAUAAUUUAUUCUUAAUUUGGGGGGAUGCUUCUAAAGGCAGAGUACCACAAUACUUAAAUGCCUUUUUUUGUUGUUGUUGUUUUGUUUUUGAGGGCACAGAAAGUUAGAUGAACUAAACAGACACCUGUUCAAAGCAUGUCGUCACUUAUUGUUAGAUAUAUCUUAGUAGUUAUCAUUUAUUUGCUUAGCUUGCAUUAGUAUUUUGCAUUAGUAGCCUGCAUUAGUAUUAUGGACAAUAUUUAGAUAGAAAGAUGUCUCGCCUUCAAGAAGAUGACUCAGCAACAUUUGAUGGAAGGGCGUCUUGACCAAGGACGUGAUCGGAUGUGGUCGGGGACGGGACAGGUGUCGUCUGGUCCUAUGUUUUGUGUUGUGUCUUAAUGCUUAGAAUAUUAUGUCUUGUAGAACUCUCCUAUUUUCAAAUAAAUGUAGGAGCGACGGGGGAGAUUGUUUAGAGCGUGUUGAGAGGCUGUAACCUGAACAAUCUCCCAUGCGCCCUCCUCAUGAGUAAAAUGA